AUGCAGAUCUUUGUGAAGACCCUGAUGGGUAAGACUAUCACCCCCAAGGUCGAGCCCAGUGACACCAUUGAGAAUGUCAAAGCCAAAAUUCAAGACAAGCAGGGCAUCCCACCUGAUCAGCAGCAUCUGAUAUUUGUGGGCAAACAGCUGGAGGAUGGCCACACUCUCUCAGAUUAUAACAUCCAGGAAAAGUCCACCCUGCACUUGGUACUUUGCCUGCAAGGGGGCAUCACGGAGCCUUCCCUGUGUCAGCUUGCCCAGAAGUACAACUGUGACAAGAUGAUCUGUCGCAAAUGUUAG